AUGGAGGAUUCAACAAAAGACUUGGAAUACGCGUUCUUUCACGACUCUCAAUUAUUUCAGCAGACGUUAGAGAAUUGUCAAACUUCAGAGACAAUAACAUUACUCGAAAAGCUGUUGAAAGAGGAAAAAUUUCAUACUGAAGACGGGAAAGGAUCUUAUGGAUUCUUACGGGCUAUUUUUAAGUUGUUGUCACCUGAUACUGAAAGAGGAGCGGAGCAAAGAGCGGCUAUUUUGUCUGCUGUCAUUAAAUGGAUAAGCACAAAAGGAAAUGAUACUUCUUGUGCAUUUGACAAAGGAGUCACAGAUAUAAUAAAUCAAUGUAUCAAUGAGAUUAACAAUCUCUCCGAAAAAGCGCUGAUCGACACAACAAACCUGAUCUUUGCAACCUUGCAUCGAAAAACGCCAUUAUACGGAAAAUUCUUUUCGUUCAUUCCACCAAUACUCGCGCUUUACGAAUCAUGUGGUAUCGUCACCAUAAAAGAGUCGAUAGACAAUGUCAGAGAGUUCACUGGACCCGAGUACAAAGAUUACUUGUUGAUGCGGAUAUUGCGGCUGGAAUGGAAUAAAGAUACCAUUCUAAGUAUUGUUACUAUGUUGCAGGAUAUUUCAAAUAUUGAUUCAAUAGAAUUAGAUGAAAUACCACCCAUAAUUUACCAAUUACUACUGAUAUCCCGAAAGGGUCAUAAACGAGUUGUUAUCAACGGAAUUGCCGAGUAUUUUAAUAAAUUAGAUCAAAUUUUCGAGGAAAUUAAAGGAUCUGAGCAAAAAGAAAAAGAACCAGAAGUCUCUUCUUUAUCCUCUUUCAUGAAUCUCAGCCUCAUCGAAGGAACUGUUAUCAUUCACAUUACUUUUGCUGUUAAACAAGACCAGGAAUUAGGCGCCGAAUACAUUAAGUACGUCAAAUCAGGCAAAACUAUGUAUCUGACACCAUUCAAUAUCGCAUGUCUCUUAUCCAUUGCAAGAAUACAUCGAUUCGAAGAUACGGUUCUUGAUCUCCUGAAAAACAUGAUAAAAAAUCAUUUCAAAGAUCGAGAAAAGCUCGAAAACAAAAUAUGGAUGUCAAAACUUUUUCCUAGUCAUGAUGGAGUUUCAUUAUCUAAUAUCUUUCAACACAUAAUUCGCAAAACGUCUUUUGGGUGGGAUCAAGUUACUCAAUGUUUGGCGCAACUCGCAUUUGUGUUGUUGGAUGCGGCUGUGUCUCCGCUAUCUAGCGGAAAAAUAGGUGGACGGAAAGCAGGAUCACAUAUGACAGCUAAUGACUUGAUGACAGAGUUGGCCAUUCAAAUUUUAUUGGAAAUGUUCAAAAUUCAUGACAUGAUUCGAACCGAAAUUCUUAACCAAAUUCUAUCAAGAGUUGUUUCAAAAUCAUCUAGUAUCGGUAAUUUUCUUGUGCUAUUAGAAAUUAUUGUCAAAGAGGCACCAGAUGCUUUGAUGGACUACUUGUCAAAAAUCAAAGAAGCUUUUGAUUAUUUGUCGUAUCUAUCAGUUGAUACUGCUGAUCUUUUGCUAAAAGCAGUUCAACCCAUUAUCUUGCUUGACCAAUCUUUUCGUGAUGGAUUGAUGCUAGUGUUGCGAAAGAGCAUGUUUGCAAAAAAUAUUGAAGGACGGCAAAUAGCACUGAAAGGAUUCAUUCAAAUGUUAAUGAUUUCUACUCAAGAAGAGAAUGAUGAUUCAGUGAUCCUCUCGGACGACUUGACGUCUGAUUCUAUGCAAGUACAAGAAUCUAAAGCUCUGAAACUCGAAAUUCUAGGGAUCUUGAGAAGAAUAUUUCAUCAACAGGCUGAUAUUCGGCUUGUACUGUAUGAUGGUUUAAUGAGAGUGAUGGAUGUAUCGGAGAAUUUAAAUCCUGAUAUUUUUGAGAUAUUGUACACGCAGACAAGUCUCCAUCCGAACCUCCGUCUCGAUUUAUGUAUCGAAAAUGUUGCGGGGGAACUCUGUGCGGUUGAACCAUUGGGGAAUUUAAUUCAAUGCAUAAGUAGAUCAGUCACAAUAUUUUCAAGAAACUGCAAUGAUGAUGGAAUGUCCGUUGAGGCGAAUCAUAUGCUUAAAUUCAAAAACGAUCUUUCGUUACUUAUUGAACGUAUCUGUUCAGAUGAUGUGAUUAAUUAUCACGUGGAUCCAGCGGCAGAAGGAGCACGUAGUAAUAUCGCUUGUUCGUUAUUGAUCGGAUGUUUUGAGGCUUUGAUUGAGUACGUCUUCUUCUCGAAGCCUCAUUCAUCUGAAUCUUCAUCAACUAUCUUGAAAAUAUUCCAGAAAUACACUGAUUUAGUAAAAGAAAAAACAACGUCAAAUCCUAAAGGUCGCAAAUCGACUAUCAACAUCGGCGACAAUUCCAUCCUCAGUUUUCGUUUUAUUGGAGAAAUAUGUAAAUUUACGUUUUGCGAUUGUGAGGAAAAUGAAUCCAACACUGCGAAAACCAUAUUACGUAGUGAUCCCGAGUUUGUAAAGUAUAUUACAACAGUAACGUACGCGAAGAUUAAACAGAUACCGAUAAAUAACGAACCUCACAAUUCUUCGAUGUUUUCGUAUUGCACUUCGUUGGCUCAAGUAUUUAUGAACGAAUUCAUCAACAACCUCAACAACAACAGUAAUCAAAAUCUCGAAAAAGUUAACAAGAAAACCAAGAGUAAAUCCAUUCUUUCGAUUGCCAUUGAAAGUUUCCAUCACUUGACGCAAACAGUAUCAAAUUGUUGGCCGGAAAAGUUGUCGGAAUACUUGUCUAUCGCUUAUCCUUCUAAUGUUUCUUUGGAGAAUACUCCCACUGAUCUCGAUAGCUGGUUAGGACUGUAUAUCAGGGAGUUUGAGCGACUGGUUACUUCAUUGAUGAAACAAUCACCGCCUUUAAUCUCGGAAACGACAGGUCUCUGCGAAAUUAUUUCUCUUCUAUCCAAGUAUUUCACAAAAGACACAAAUGACGACGAUACAAUACCAGCACAGCAACAGAACCUAGAACAACUGAUUAGCUGGCUUCGAGAAUUCUGUAUCGAAACAUAUGUCGAUGAUGUCGGACUCACGAAAAGUGCCGUUGGUUUAUUAAUCAAUCUCGAGAAGAACAUGACAAAUUUCGAAUCAGUCGCGGAGAUGUCUCAUGAUGCUUUCUUGGUACUGGGGGAUAUUAAUACGUCGAUAUGUGGUAUUAUUGUCUCUUUCUUGGAGCAAAUGUACCAAGAUUUAGAAGGGUGUAUUGAAAGAAUGAAAUCGAUGUGUAGUUUUGAAGACGCGGAGAGCGACUCUUCAUCGGAACACACAAAAAUUGAAGCAAAAAUAUUGACUAUGAUGAUUAAACUCAUAAAUAUCUCUAUUAAUCUUGUGCGCACCGAUUUACCUGAAACUUCAUCGGAACAUUUGAUAAAAAGUCUGCAAAGAACCUAUAAAGCUCUUCUUGCACUUACUAAAUAUAAAAUAUCCGAAGCAGGACCAAUCAAUCAACUCUUUAUCGGCGUGAUUGAGUUGGCUGGAUCAAACCUUUCCGAAUCUCUGUACAACCAUCUCACUUUCUCGCUUCAAAGUACUGGUAUGAGACGACAAGGUAUGGUGAAAAAAGGAAAAGGCACGACUAAUUCGAAUAUGGCACGAGUCAUCCGAGAAUCAAAAUUGAUUCCCAGUUUAAUUUUCCUAAUUGAAUCGUUCGAGCGUUAUUUACUUCAAUUAUCAAAGAAAUCUAAAACAGAGUUGAUGCAAUACAUCAAACGAGCUACUGCGCGAGACUUCAAGCUCCAGAUCGAUAACAAUCAGCAAAAACAUGAUGAUGAAGGAGAAUCAAGUGCCACUAAAAAGCGAACCAAAAAGGCUACUACAAAGAGAAAACAUAUGGAAGAAAUAGGGGAGCAGUCGAAUCAAAAGGAGGAUCAUGGACAAGAUAAUGAUGAUAAUGCCGGUGAGGGUGGAUCACAAGAACAUAAUUCUCUUUCGGGUAAUCUGUUUCUUCGAGAAUAG